AUGAUCAAGGUCUUUUAUGAACCCACGCGAACGAGAUUGUGUGCUACGCAUUUACUUACCUACCGGCCUAUCUAUCUAUCUAUCUAUCUAUCUAUCUAUCUAUCUAUCUCAGUCUGUUCGUAUCUAUGUACUUAUCUAUUUCACUCUCUUCAUCUCUAUCUAUGUAUCUAUCCAUUUCACUCUUUAAGUCUGUUCGUAUCUAUCUAUCUAUCUAUCUAUCUAUCUAUCUAUCUAUAUAUAUCUAUCACAUUCUAUCUUUAUCUAUCUAGCACAGUCUGUCUUUUAUCUAUCUAUCUAUCUAUCUAUCUAUCUAUCUAUCUCAGUCUGUUCAUAUCUAUCUAUCUCAAUCGUUCAUAUCUAUCUAUCUAUCUAUCUAUCUAUCUAUCUAUCUAUCUGUCUCAAUCUGUUCAUAUCUAUGUAUGUAUCUAUCCAUUUCACUCUCUAAGUCUGUUCGUAUCUAUCUAUCUAUCUAUCUAUCUAUCUAUCUAUCUAUCUAUCUAUCACAUUCUAUCUUUUAUCUAUCUAGCACAGUCUGUCUUUUAUCUAUCUAUCUAUCUAUCUAUCUAUCUAUCUAUCUAUCUCUGUUCAUAUCUAUCUAUCUCAAUCCGUUCAUAUCUAUCUAUCUAUCUUUCUAUCUAUCUAUCUCAUAUCUAUCUUUCUAUUUCACUCUCUUCAUAUCUAUCUACCUUUGUUCGUAUCGAUCUAUCUCAGAUCGAUCUAUCUAUGUAUCUAACUUUGCUUAUAUCUAUCUACUAUAGUCUGUUCCUAUCUAUCUAUAUUAGUAUGUUCCGAUCUAUCUAUCUAUCUAUCUAUCUGUCUGUCUGUUUGUCUGUCUGUUUAUCUGAGUCUAUUGAUAUCUAUCUAUUUAUUAGUCUGUUCAUAUCUAUUUUAAUCUAUUCAUCAUCUAUCACUCUCUAUUCAUUAUUUGCCAACUUUUUAAUCCCUCCAUCUUGUCUCCUUCCCGCUAUUUGGCUUUCUCCCACCCAUCCCCUCCCCCUCUCUCUCUCUCUCUCUCUCUCUCUCUCUCUCUCUGUGUCUUUUCCACCCCCCCCCGCCCCAGUCAUUUUAUUUAUCACUCUAUAUCCAUAUUUCUUUCCUAUUAUUUCUCUCUUUCUCACUCUAUAG